AGCUACGAAUUAAAAUGUUCUGGUAGUUUUUGCAUCACAAAAAGAUCUGGUAGUCACAUGGAAGUCACUGAUCCAGAGGAAUGAUGCCAAUUUUCAGUCAACAUGUAUAUUUGAGCUUCCCGCAUUUAAAUAGUGACGUCGGGUGCAAAGCUAUUGUCCAUAAUUGAAAAUUUAUCAUUCCAUACAUUAUUAUCGGUUAUUUAUAGAGCCGGUAAUAGGAAAGGUAUUUAUGAAUUCAUUCCGUACAUGGCAGUGACAUGAAUAAAAAUUAUCUUCACUUGCCAGUUAUCGAAUGGCACGUUUUUUUAUUUUCAAGCGGAAAGAAUUAAUUUUUUUGCGACCAAAUAUGGCCUUCGGUUGUAAUUUUGCUGGCUGUUUAAAUGUAGUCAUCGAAGACUAAGUUGAUUGAGAUUUUAUCUCUCCCUAUGUAGCACAGAGUAAAAGCGGCAAUGUAUAGCCAGGUAAUUAUUUAGCACCCCUAUAGCCUGUCGGUUAGGAUAACGUAUCAAUUUAGCGGCCUAUGGGGAAGAGUCGAUUGGGCUUUGCAGUCUCACCCGGAAAAUUCCUGCAGUUAAUUCGGAUUGUCCGCUAUGAGGACAAACAGGCGGACUUUAUUAAAAGGAUUUGUCCCUGACACGGUCACAUACUUUUUCACACUCUAAUAUGAAUCGUGAAAACGCUGGGAAUUUUCCAGUGGGUAGUAAACUAGCUAAUUAUACUUCUAGUGAGUAUAAAUGUUCUCUGAUUCUGAAAAAUAUAUAUGUGCGGUAUUUUACUCGUAGCAUCUAUAACCUUGUAUUCGAUUCAGCUCCAUUAUUAAGAGCAUCCGAACUUGUCAUUUGUCGAAAUGAAAAAUGCAGAACAAUCCAAAGUUGACUAAUGCUCAAGUGUCCCGAUCCCUCUCGUCUGGCAGCCAAACAAAAGAAUCCGAUAUACGAAAAUAAACGGCAAGCUUUAGCGGAAAUUGUUCCCUUAGUUUUGCCAAAUGAAUCGCAAUUUGUGCUGGAUGUUUUACGGUUGGGCACACGUGUUUGUAGAAGUGUGCAAAAGUGGGGCAGUUGUUGCGGCAGUUGUGGCCGUACUGGAGAAACAGUCCCGCCAGAUGACGCCGGUCCCAAAACCGCCACCCGUUCCCCCCAGGAACCCGGACAAUAUCCACCAAUGCUCCCCGAAUUUUUCGGCCAAAAAUAGCGACGAACCGCGGAAGCCCGACUGCACUACAAACAUAAUAAACAGUAACAAAAGUGAUUUUAAAAAUAGAAACACUCAAGAAAGUGCGCUCGAUGAGAAUUAUUUCGAGCUGGCCGUUCAAGAUUUUAAUUCGGUGGCUGAAGACGUGGAAAAGACGUUUUGUGACGAUGCAGUGGCCAAGCUGAAUGUGAAAAGUGAAUGCGAGAAACAUGUUGGUGAGCUGCGAAGACGGAACUGCGUGACAAUCGACCUGAAGAGCAACGAUGAGGAGAGAAAGACUGAAACCAGUGGCAAUAGAAGCAGCUCAUCAUUGAAGCAUCGAGCCCCCGACACCGAUGAUCUCUUAGCUGUCUUGGGCUAUCGAGGGAAUGGAGACAUUGAUAGCGACAGCUUAGAAAGGAGCAGCGACAGCGAAGGAGAGCUCUACAUCAACGCAGGGUUGCCCACCAUAACAGAAGAAGAGCGCGUGAGUGGAAGCAGCGCUCAAUCUUUUCGAGGAUGCGACGAAGACGACUCUAGCAUUGAGGACGACUCUACGUUAAAAGACCGAAACCAGGCAUGGUCGGGCAGCGUUUCUAAUCAAGAUGGAUCCACCUCAGACUUGUCUACCACGUCGUCUGAAAGGACAGGGACUUUAGGAGACAAAUGUUCAACACGGUGUACGAAUGACUUCCAAUGGAUCCGUAAAGAGCAUUCCCCACUUUCCCCACCCAGCACUUCGCCGCAACCUACUCAGUCGCCCCUAAGAAUGGAGGAGGAGCUCAGUCACGAGGCGCCACCCCUUUCUAAGCCCCCCAUUUCCCGAUCUCUUCGAGAGAAAACCCAACGGCGAAGUAACGACAGAUCCACAGGGCCGUCAGCCCCAGGCAGCUUGGACAGGCGAAGACACCCGCAUUUAAAACGAGAAGAACGCGAUCAAAAGUCGCGGUCUUCUCACGUUAAAACCCCACCUCGACUGGACGAUUUCCAAAGUAAUUUAUACAACAGCACUCAGAAUGGGUACUGUUGCCCGCCGCCCUAUGAGGGCUACUUCGAAAGCUUCCACAGAAGGCACGAAAGAUCUGAUCCGCAGCGCUAUGGGAGUAGUCCCAUGCUCAUGGAGCAUAGAGAACAUAGAUUUUCCGAUCGGGGAAGCCACCCUGAUAUUUAUGGGGAUUGUUCGCGGUAUCGACAUGAAAUGCCGUGUUGCGCUUAUCAUUUAGGUCCCCCACCUUGCUGCUUUUACGGUGGGGAGCGUGGGUAUCAUUGGACCCCACCGCCUUUCCCUAAGCCAGGUGAGCAGGAUGAGAAGCUACGCAAAGUCCAGUACGAGAAGGACAGUCUUCAGCUGCAAGUGCAAGUUCUGACCGAGCAAAUCGAGGCGCAGUCCGACAAGAUUUCGGACCUGGAGAAGACGCUUCAGGAGAAGAAAACGUUGCUGUCUGAUGCCGAGGAGAAGCUGCAAAGGGAGGUCCUAUCGAGAUCCUCCCUGGAAACGCAGAAGUUGGAACUGAUGUCACUUAUGAGCGAACUCAAGCUGAACUCUGCAUCGCUGGAACGGGAAAAUUUGGAGCUGAGAAACAGCCUGUUUAACAAUAACUCGGAUGGUAAGAAGCCUCCAGUAAUGCCAAGAAUACCGGCGGCUUCACAUGGCCAGUUGACUUCGACACCUCAGCAUUCUAUUCAGGGCUUACGAGUGUCGCCCUCGCCAAGUCCUGUAGGAAUGCCGUUAGCAGCCGCUAGAAACGUGGAGUCAACCGCGUACCAAACCGAAAUCCUUCGUCCCAAGACUCCACCAUCGAGCUACAAGCGGCAAAUCGACGUUCAGUAUGGCAGUUUGCCACGGCAGCAAUUUGUAGCAAACGGCGCCUCCAAUGGAGGCAUGUUUGCCAUGGUGGACAACAACGCCAAUCCGCAGAAAAAGGGCGUAGCUUUCGGUAGGAACAGCAGUUUACAACAUCUGCACAUGGUGAUGGGGGGUGGAAGAAUGAGGGGGUUCUCAGUGCCCAAUUUAGCCGAAACUGAAAAAACGGUUGUGGAUGGUACAUCGUCGAAAGAAAACUCGCCUAGUUCGCCCCAGUUAACAUUCAACAAGACCAAGGGCAUCAAGAAAAUAUUCGGAAAAAUGAAGCGAUCGGGUUCUGGAAAUCUGGAAGACUUGCCUGCAGGGAUUGGGGAGUUUCAGCGUGGUGGAGUCAGAGCCACUGCCGCCGCUAGAUUGGGCUGGAGCGAGCCUCAAUUGAGUCCCAGGCCUGAUAAGCCGUUUGCUGAAUGGGACACCGAGAAUAUCUGUGACUGGUUGCAAGACCUCGGCUUGGAUCAGUACAUUCCGGAUGCGAAGCGCUGGGUGAAAAAUGGCCAGCAAUUGCAGGAAAGUUCGAUUGCGGACAUCGAGAAAGAGCUGAAUGUGAAGAAUCCGCUGCACAAGAAGAAACUGCAACUGGCUUUGAUUGACACCGGCGAGAACUGUUCUAGCGAUUUGUAUCUGUCUCUUGCUGGCAAACUUGACACCGCUUGGGUUCUUCGAUGGCUGGACGACGCCGGUCUACCACAGUAUAAAGAAAACUUUCUCAUCAACCGGGUGGAUGGGCGAGUUCUUCAUCGACUAACAAUUGACGACCUGGCCCUCCUACAUGUUACUUCAUUGCUGCAUGUGGCCAGUAUUAAAAGAGGCAUCCAGGUGCUAAGAGAGAACAACUACGAGCCCAGCUGCUUGCAAAGGAGAUCGCUGCCGGACGACCCGGAUAAAUCCACCCCUAAGCAGAUAUCCUUAUGGACCACUCAUAGAGUAAUGGAGUGGCUUCGUGCCGUGGAUCUGGCUGAAUACGCGCCAAAUCUUCGCGGAGCUGGCGUUCAUGGUGGUCUGAUGGUUCUCGAGCCGAAGUUCACAGCGGAUUUAUUGGCUUCGCUUUUGUCGAUUCCGCCAGGCAAAACGUUGCUGAGGAGGCAUUUGAACACGCACUUUAAAGAGUUAUUGGGCAAGGAUAUCAUACAGGAGAAGAGAGAACUGGAGGCCACCUUGGGCUAUACCCCAUUAACUCCCAGCUCCAAAUUGAAAGUGGCGAAAAAGUCGCAGUUUUCGCUCAAGAGGAAAAAAAGCAAAGGAGAAGCCGAUUACGGCGACUUAGUGUGCCCACUGAAUGCCGACAAACAGUCAGGUGAACUGAGUAGCUCUGGUGUUAACAUGGGUAUGAUGAAGAUGGAAAACCUAGGGGGAGAGGAUGUUUGUCUUCGCGCUGAAAAAACAGUGGCGUCCAGAUCGCUGCCCGCAUCGGUGCGGAACUCCCCAAUCACCCAACGGCAUGUAUAAACUUGCCUAUAGGUUGAAGUACAAGUUUAUGUAGCCCAAGUAUUAUUAUGAUAAUUUUUAAUAUCAUAGUGUCUUCCCCCAACCAUAUUAAUGAUAAGAAUCAUCUGCCUUAAGAAAAAAGCGAAUUGAUCUAUAAUUGUUGUUAAUUGGCGUUUUUAAUCAGACAUUUAAACUGAAUUUUUAUCGCCUUAAUUGCAGAAUUUUGUGGCCUUUGUUGAUGAAAAUUCAGUAGAGUAUUCGAAGAUGUUGCACAAUUAUUACACUGUAAAGUGCUCAAACCAAUCACACUGCACAAUCAGAAAGACAUUUACACGUGCUGAGUGCUUAAUUGUGAACCCUCGUAACGCAUUUACCAUUGUUAUCUAGUGAAAAUUUAUAUCAUCGUAGCAACAAUUAAUCAGGGCAUUUAUUAUUUUUAUUGUAGACUGUCGGCUACGGUAGACUAUCACCAGUAGUUGAAUUAUGGCAGCUAAGUGUUCAUUCAAUUACUGGUUCAAGUAGUUUUUCAAAUCUGAGUUAAGAUAUUGUUGUUGAGGUUAUAAGGUUAUAUUGAGUCAAGCCCUGGUAGCUUCGGGUUUUUAGAUUUUCAGCAUUGAAAACCUAAACAAGCCAUUUUUCAAUGUGUUCUAAGUAAAGCUCAAAACCGUUUAUUUUACCAGAUUUGCUCGUAACAAUGCACCAUCCUUUUUGAGACAAUAUGUAUAACUUUCCCUUUAAGAUUGAUAAGAUGGACUUCCUUGAUAUGUAACAAUAAUAUUUGGAUCGAAUUGACUGGUAGGGUGCCAAACAAAAAAGAGAAUUUAUUGAAUAUACAUUUCAUUUUUUGUACAAAGUCCUUCUAUUCUUACAGUAUAUUAGGUAUGUAACCGGACGUUACCAAGAUCGUAGAUUUUAGACAAUUUUACAAACUGACCAAAAAAUAUUUAGAAAAUAUUACAGACCAUAUCGUAGGUCUAAAACAUGUUAGCUUAAGCACUAUAUGGUGUUCUUCGUUCACUUCCUUGAAGUGGGCUGGAUUAUUUAGACUUUGCGAGAUAUUUGUUAAGGCAUUAACUAUUUGAUUCUUUGCCAAAUAAACGCUAUUUGUAAUUAAUUAAGAUCGUGGUAUGUAUCAGUGUUAUACCGUAUACUAUGUCGAGACAACCAACACCCAAUCCAUGCAUUUCUAUUGUAACAUUUACUUAUACUUAUUUAUCUUUUCUAAUUGUUUGACUUAUACAUAUUUUAAUACAAUACUAUACCAAGUCGAAAUAAACGUAAGAUUGAAUAAAGAAAAA